AUGGCUCCGUCUUCCGUUUCGAGCUCAAAUAAUGAUGUGCCACUAUGGAAAGUAUUUUUUCUCUUUUUGGGUGCUGUUUUUAUCUAUUUAUUAUCCAUUAUACUUGGUUUAAUUUGUCAUUUUAUUUACUUUCUCGCUACUGAACUAAUUAAUUUCUUUAAAAAUCCAUUUCAUAAGUCGGAAAUUAAAUGGAAUCAUGGAGAAGGUGAUGGUACACGUGAAAAACCCUAUUGUGUAAUUAUUAUCGGUAGUGGAUUUAGUGGAUUAGGAUUAGCAAUUAAAUUAAAACAAUUGAAUAUGAAUGAUUACAUUCUAUAUGAGAGAAGAGAAAAUGUUGGUGGAACCUGGUACGAUAAUAAAUAUCCGGAACACUUGACUGAUAAACAUAAUUUACGUGAAAAAAUACGAUUUAAUACAAAAGUAACAGAAGCCGAAUGGUUAGAUGAUUGUUAUCAAUGGAAAGUAACGAUUAACACAGGACAGUCAUUUUAUAGUCGAUUUUUAGUGAGUGCUCAUGGUCCACUGGCUAAUGCUCAAUUUCCUACAAAUAUCAGUGGUAUUGAUCAGUUCAAAGGUGAUAUGUUUCAUUCAGCCGAAUGGAAUACUGCAUAUGAUUUUACUGAAAAACGUGUGGCUGUUAUUGGUACGGGUGCAAGUUCUGUGCAACUUGUACCAAUAAUUCAAAAACAUGUUAAACAGUUGUACGUAUUUCAACGUACACCACCAUGGAUAAUACCGAGAUUGGAUCGAAAAGUUACAGAUUUUGAAAAGUGGCUAUUUGAGCAGAUACCAUUAAUACAAAAAGCUGUACGAAGUGUAAUUUAUUGGACGCGUGAAUCAGUAGUAUUGUCGUUUGCUUAUCAAUGGCCAGUUAAAACUAUUAAUCAACAAUUGGCAAAAUUUUUUAUUUCGACACAAGUGAAAGAUGUCGAGUUAAGAAAAAAAUUGACACCAACAUGGGAGUUAGGAUGUAAACGUGUAGUGUUAAGCAAUGAUUGGUAUCCAACUCUACAAAAGCCCAAUGUUCAACUGGUCACUGAUGGCAUAAAACAGGUGAAUGAACAUUCUAUAGUAACAUCUGCUGGUACCGAAUAUGAACUGGAUGCAAUUAUAUGGAGUACAGGAUUUCAAGUACAAGGUUUUCCAAUUAAUAUUCGUGGUAUAGAAGGAAAGACAGUUGAAGAACAAUGGCUAGAUUCACCCCAAGCAUACAAAGGUGUUACUACACCAAAUUUUCCAAAUUUAUUUUUUAUCUUGGGUCCUAACAGUGGUCUAGGACAUAAUUCAAUAUUGUUAAUGAUUGAAAGUCAAUUCACAUAUAUUUUAAAAACAAUCGAAUAUAUGGAUCAAAAUCAUAUUGAUAAAUUUUUAGUAAAGCAACAAGCAUGUCAACAAUAUAAUGAUCGUUUACAAGCUAAAUUGAAGAAAACGGUAUGGCAAUCAGGUGGAUGUAAAUCAUGGUAUCAAGAUAGAAUGGGUAAUAAUACAGCGAUAUGGCCUGAUUUUACAUGGUCAUAUCGACUCAUCAUGCAAAAUUUUGAUUAUGAUAAAUAUGAUUUGUUCUCGAUUGAUAAUAAAAAGACAGAUUGA